CUCUCGAUCUCUAAAGUACACAGCAAACCUUUGAUAUAAUAAUUUGGGGUGAGAGACCCGGAUAUAUUGCGGAGUUGGUAGAUAAAUCUUAUUUAACCGAGAUUUGACAAUGGCGUCUAGAAGAUGGUUCCACCCAAACAUCUCUGGGAUGGAGGCUGAACAGCUCCUUCUCAACAAUGGUUUUGAUGGCUGCUUUCUAUGUCGACCUAGCAAGAGCAACCCGGGUGACUUCACACUAUCAGUCAGGCGGAACGGUGAGGUGACCCACAUCAAGAUUCAGAACACAGGCGAUUUCUUUGACCUGUAUGGAGGUGAGAAGUUUGCUACCCUGGCUGAGCUGGUACAGCAUUACACAGAGGGCAGGAAUCAACUCAAAGAACGCAACGGUCAGAUGAUAGAACUCAAAUACCCCCUCAACUGUGCUGAUCCAACCAAUGAAAGAUGGUUCCAUGGUCAUAUCACUGGUAAGGAAGCAGAGAAGUCAUUGGUGGAUAAAGGCAAGAAUGGCAGUUACCUGGUCAGAGAGAGCCACAGCAAGCCUGGGGAUUAUGUACUGUCUGUACGCACUGAAGACAAAGUCACCCAUGUCAUGAUCAGAUGCCAGGAUACCAAGUAUGAUGUUGGUGGAGGCGAGCAGUUUGAGACCCUGACAGAUCUUGUAGACCACUACAGGAAAAACCCAAUGGUGGAAACAACAGGCUAUGUGGUGCAUCUCAAAGUGCCUUUCAAUGCUACCAGGAUCUCUGCAUCAGGGAUCAGGAAUCGAGUAGAGGUCUUAGAGAAGGAAACUAAAUCCAGAGAAAACUCCAAGAAAGCUGGAUUCGAAGAAGAAUUUGAGGCAUUGCAACUGUUAGACAACAAGCAUCUCCUACCAAGGAAAAUUGGUGAUAAAGCAGAAAACAAGAGCAAGAACCGUUACAAGAAUAUUCUUCCAUUUGACCAUUCAAGAGUUAUUAUCAAUGAUGGUCUCCCUGGUGACUAUAUCAAUGGCAACUAUAUCGAUUUACCAAAGGCAUGGAAGAACAGUAUUGAGCUUCAGCAGCAAGGUGAAAAUGUGGAGAAGAUUGACAUGAGUUGGGAGCAUCAGAAACGGUACAUUGCUACACAAGGUUGUCUGAAGGACACGGUACCAGAGUUCUGGCGAGUGGCCUGGCAGGAGAACUCUAGAGUCAUCGUCAUGACAACUAAAGAAGUGGAAAGGGGGAAGAAUAAAUGUUGUCGUUACUGGCCUGAUGCUAAUACUAAGAAGGAUACCGGAGUAAUCACUGUAACGCACAUCUCAGAGCAGAGCAUGGCCGACUAUGAUCUCAGAGAGUUCUCAAUGUCUCAUAAAGACUUUCCUGAAGAAUCGAGACCAAUGUUUCACUUCCACUUCAAGAGUUGGCCUGACCAUGGUGUACCCUCUGACCCUAGCAGGGUCCUCAACUUCCUCCAAGACGUCAACAAGAAACAAGAAACAUUCCCAGAUGCUGGCUCUAUCAUUGUUCAUUGCAGUGCUGGCAUUGGAAGGACAGGCACGUUCAUUGUCAUUGACAUCAUUCUCAACCUCAUCAAACAACAUGGACUGGACUGUGAGAUUGAUAUCUAUAACACCAUCAGGCUUGUAAGACAGCAACGCUCAGGUCUGGUACAAACGGAGGCACAGUAUAAGUUUGUCUACAGGGCUGUUCAGCACUAUAUCGAGACUCUGUCACAAAGAGUAGCUGCAGAACAGAACACAUUGAAGACUGGACGUGAGUACAUCAAUACGAAGAGAGCACACUAUGAGGUUCAGCAGCAUCACACUCCUGGUUCUACUCCAAUCCUGUCACCAGCUAUCUUGAAUGAAGAUAAGAAUGUCUACCAGAAUGUUGGACCUAUCAACAACAUGUCAACACCAAUUCCUCCUAGGGCACGCCCAGCGCAGCCUCCCGUUCCAAAGUCCAACAACAUCAAAUAACCUGUCCCUAGAGGAACCAGUCAUUGGAGAGUAAACUACCACAACUAUGAUUGGACCCCAGCUUCAUCAUAGACUACAGCAGAUCAUCGUCAGGUGCGGAUGUGUACAGGACACUUUAUGUCUUCUAUUAUUUAUUUGUUGCGAUAGCCCGUGACUACGCUCACAAUUGUUGGAAUUUCAACAAACUCUUCCAUUUAUAUGUACGGGACCCCUCAACUCGGUGCGAUGGUUAGAAUGAAAUGAAUCUAAUGACUCUCAUUUGGGAGAAAGCCAUGCUUGAUUAUUUGUGAUCUCGCUGUGAUGUGUAUUUGAGGUGCAUGAAAAAUAUCACAUUUUCACAUUUAUUCUAAGUGUAUUAAAGCAUGUCUUAAUGCUUCAGCAAUUUUUUCUAGAUUUCUGGAAAUGCAUAGGACUAUAAAUGUUUUGUUAACUAAAUGUUCACAAAAGUGUUCACAAAAAAUGUUAAAUGCUGAAGUAAGGUCCUACAAAGGUUGAAGAUUAAAUAGUUAUGUUAGAUACAUAUACUUAUAGAUAAUACAGAGUUCUGCAGGUACAUGUGAUCUGGUUAUUCACGUAUGUGUAUGCAGUACCUUAUCUAAUAUCAAUGUAAUUUAAUUUUUAAGUUGACCUUGAAGGUUUAUUGAGACGCAAGUGGAAAUGCAAAGAUUCUUCGUGAUGUAAAAAGUAAAAUGUGGACAGCUCUAACAAUGUACCAGCCACAUCCAUUAAUAAGAUGUGUGUGUUCUUAUAGAUCACAGGAUUAUGGUGAUUAAAUAUUUAUUUAAUUAAACCAUUAGGACAAGAGAAUAAUUACAGUAUUUUUAAAAUGCAAACUAUGUAAAUGUAGAUUGUCUAAUGGACUAGGAAAUUUGUCAACUUGUAAAUCAGGCAAAACUGGUUGAAAUAAAAGAAAUUGAUUCAGAAUUUUCAAAGAUGGAGUUGAAGAUCGGUUACAUGUAUUGAAGAGUGAAGUUACACAAAUUACAUUUUAAUGUUGAUUAUCAUGUGGCAUUUGGAAAUUCAUAACUAAAGUUUCUGGAUGUAUUAGUUUCUGGAUGCAGACUCUGUUGUUACAGUUACUAGAUGUCGCAUUAUUACAUCAUGUGAUAUCACCUUUUCAUCAAUGUGCUUGAACCUUGCCUGAGCAGAAAGAGCCAAAUUGGGCACAUUUCGAAAAAUCACAGAUCUUUAUUCAUUCUUGCAAGUCUAGGCAUCUAUUUUGCUGGGGGAAGAGUGAUGCCAUAUGAAUAUGACCGUCAUAUCACGUCUUCAGAAUCAUGUCACUUUUCAUGAGUUAGGUGACGUCACUGAUCUUGGACUAAUACUGUUGUAAAGCGAGUUUGUCAUUGCACAGACGUCUCUCUAAAAUACUCUUUGUACAGUAUAAUCCAGAUCCAGUAUCAAUCUAUAUCAUAAAGCUUUAGCAUCAAUAGAUUGAAUGUUCUCUGAAUAUAUGGUGAAUAUCAAUGGAUAAUACUCUCCCAAUCUUGAUGUGAAAUCAUGCUUAAUUGUAAAUAUUUGUUGAUUAAUAGACACUUUCCAAGGAUAUAUGGAGACAUAUUUUUUCAUAAUAAAGCACAUCUUUUGUAGACACGAUAAAGUAUAUUAGCAUUUGACAUGAUGAUAAACGAUAUUGGUCUUGUGAUCAUUUUUAAUUGUUCAGGAUUCUAUUUUGCCCCUAUUCGCUUCAGAAUUAGCUACAAAACUAUGCUUUAUAAGUGAUAUUAUUAUAUGAUGCAAAUUUUGAAUAUUUUAAAUUCUAAUUUAAACAAAUUUCAAUUAAUUUCUUAAUUAUAUAGAUUUCCUUGCAUCUAAUUAAAAGAAAUAAUCUCAGUGUAAAUGUGUGUGUUUAUGUAGCUAUAAGUAGUUUAAGUACCGUAGCUAGCUGUUUAUGAAGCUUUUAGUUUAUGUAGCUAUCUCCUAAACAAAUUAGCACAACUCAAUUAAUAAUAUGUCUGAAAUUUGCUACCCAGGAAACAUAUUUGACAAGCUUCAUAGCUCAUUAAGUUAGUGCUCUUUAUAAUAAGUUUGAAAAUACAAUGCAAAGGGGGUUGCAGUCAAAGGUAUUGUGGGUUCUUGCUUUCAUUUUCAAAGAAAUCUUAUACAUUUUGUAUAUACCAUUAUACAUAGGCUCAGUGGCCUAUACUCAUCAAAGCAUAUCAAGAAAAACCCCAUUUGGCUUACUUUGUUCUUCCAACAAAUGAAGUGAAUUAAGUGAUGAAAUGAAAAAUGAAAAACAAUGAGAUAUUCAUUUCACCGUGAUGUUCACUUUUAUUUAUUCACCUAGUUACAAAACUAUUGAAAAUUUUAUGGGAUAAAGUGAUCAACACUUGGUGCUCUAUAAAGUUGUAGGACUUAACUUCAUGAUGUAAACCUGGACUUAAGUUUUUACACUUUAUGAAUAAUGACUUAAAGAUAAAGUUGAGUUCUCUUCCUGCGAUUGCAUUGUGAAAGAAACUGCGGUAGUGAUUGGGGAAAAAGGCUGACCAUGUAGCAUAUAAGUAUUGGUGUAUACAUGUACUGUUGGGGUUUGGAAUCAUCAAAAUAAUAAGAAAUUAGCUCAGUCUUGCUAAGAGUCACAUGACACUGUACACAGAAAUGUGUACAUGGGACUAAAGUUUAAACUAAGGUAUGGCAUGAAAGUGUGAUCCACAACAAUGCUAUGUACUAUUCUAAUGUAUUAUGACAUGCAAAUUAUGCAAAUUCAAUAUGAAAAGAAUUUAAGAAGAGAUUUGGUUGGUAAAAAUACUAUGCAUGUUUAUGAAGUUCAUUUACUUUUUUCAAUGUGUUUACCCAAUAUUAUGGUGCAUAAGAAUUUAUAAUCUU